ACAAUAAAGCUUCUGCAAUCUUUUCUCAUAUGUGAACAAUUGGAACACUGUAAAAUUCGUAAGCUUUCUUAGAACAUGAGACGAUGAUGAUCUAGAACCGGGGAUCUAGAUUAAAUAGUCGAUUUUUUACAGUUCCUUUGAAACACGUAUUAUGUUCCAAGGUUAGUUUCAACGUUCAUUUCCUCUUUUUUGUCAAGUUUCUGUUAAGACUGCAGCCUGCGUCGAGGCCGAAGGAGCCAUUUCCAAAUGUUCGAGAACUCCUGGUCUCCUUGUAAUUCUCCCCACCUCUCCCCUUACCAAAAGCGCUCUAUAAUCUCAAGGUGCUGGCCAAAAGGAUCGCGGCCUCUGGAAUCCUGAUCACGUGUGGCGUGUUCUCGGAUAAUCAGACAAAGCAAACUGAAAAUGGCGGCUUCGAUACAGAAUGAUGUGGUAGCAGCAGUCGAACAUGAAAUCAGUUGUCCCGUCUGUUUGGACGAUUUUGAAGAGCCUAAAUGUCUUCCAAACUGUGCUCAUAACGUGUGUCAACAUUGUCUUGAGGGGAUGGUGAAGAAGAGGCAGAGUUCGAUCGAGUGCCCAGUGUGUCGAAUUGAGUCUGUGAUUCCGAAUGGCGGAGUCGCUGCUUUCCCAAAGAAUCAUCUGCUGGUUCGUUUGAUAGAGCGCACGCCUGGACGAAAGGAAAAAGAAGCUAUCAAAGAAGCCCUGAAAAACUGUAAAGGUAAAUUAGAAGGCGCUGAAACCGCUCUGAAAGAAAUGGAAGAUCGUUACGAGACUUCCAGAAGCCAAGCUGAACAGAUCAAGCAGAAUAUAAAAUCGAUGGCAGAAAAUGUUGUCACCAUGGUGCGAGAACAAGAAACACAGAUGCUCUGUGAGAUAGAUCAGAAACUGAGUCAGAAUCGCAACGAAGGAACGUUUGAAAUGCAUAAAUCCAACACCUCAGGGUUAUGUGAAAAUGCCUCCAGUUGUAUCCAAACUGUAGAAGACAUUCUGCAAAAUGGUGUAGUCAGUGAUCUUAAAGAUCUCAAAGAAGCCUUGAUCGAGGAGUUAAACGAAUUCUCCGAGUCUUUGGAAUCACGGAUUUUUUGGGCAAACUGUGAAUUUACCCAUCCAUUUGAUGUUUCACUGGCAAACACAGAAUCUGUUGACAAGUUCAUUCAGGAGAAGUGUUUGUUAGGUAACCUUACCAUAAAUACAGACUCUGCAUCAGUACCUGAAGACAUCCCUACAGCUUCUGCUUUCUCGGGUUUGUGUAUAGGCACACCCGUUAUUCAGAAAAGCAUAGACUACUCAAUGUGUGGAUCAUUGAUUCAAACUGUGGACAGCUCUUCUCUUGGUGUAGCAAAUUUUACCCCCUUUUCUGUGGCAGUGUCCAGAAGUUCUGGUCAUUUUGUGGCACUAGAUGAGGAAAUGAAACAUGUUCACAUCUUUAAUGAGGAGGGAGAACCCUUGAAGAAAUUCCGCAUCAUGUAUGGUGAUCUGUGGGACAUUGGAGUUUCAAAUGACGACGAGAUAGUCGUUUUAAAUCGAGAAAGCAACCGUGUUUUACAUUAUGACAUGAAUGGAAACUUCAGGAAAAAAUUUGUGACUGCUCCUAAAGAAAAUGUCAAGUUUACAUCUUUAUCUGUUGAUAUUCAUGGACGUUUUAUCAUCUCGUCCAGCCCAUGCUAUGCGGAAACCCAAGAGGACACCAUGCCCCACAUUCUUGUCUACAAUCCCUCAGGGAAACUAACGUUGUCAUUUGGAGAUGACAGACUAUCGUCUCCAGAAAAGGCAGUGUUUCUGAAUGGCAAAUUCUUUGUGGUGGAUCAUGGUGGUGAAUGCAUUAUGGUUUUUGAUAAAAGUGGAGAUUUUCUUGAAGAAAUUGGAAAGGGUCGCCUGGAGCAUCCGUGUAGUAUUGCAGCUGAUUAUACUAAUGGAAGCCUUGCUGUGAGUGACCGUGGAAAUUCCACAAUACAGAUUUACAGUCAAGAUGGG